AGACCAGCUACAGACCAGUUACAACAUCCUGACUAAAGAGAGAGACCAGCUACAGAAAGAGAAAGAUGAUGUCAUGUCAAAGUUAUCUAAUCUGAAACAAACCUGUCCAGAAGGCUGGCAUACGUUUGAAUCCAGUUGGUACUUCCUGUUUACUAAGGCUAAAACCUGGGAGGAGAGCAGACAGGAAUGUGUGGAGAGAGGAGCAGACCUGGUGAUCAUAAACAGUGAAAAGGAACAGGAGUUUCUCUUCAACCUCAACAGUAGUUUUUGGAUUGGUCUGACUGACUCUGUUACUGAGGGGACCUGGAAAUGGGUGGACGGAAACCCACUGACCACCCCAAGGUUCUGGGGGAGUGGACAGCCUAAUGGUGAUGAGUUCGGAGGACU